UCUAUAGUCAACAGGUGGUGAUGGAUCUUGUUAUAAAUACCGUCAGCACAUGAACGUAACUUUACAUAAGAAAACAAGAUCUAUCCACAUCUAUCCAAUCUACCAUGGUGGCGCAAAAGCUAAGCUGGAUCACUUUGCUGCUGUUGCUGUGUCAGCAUGCAUGUUUCCUCUCUGCAAGAAGAGCAAAAACAUCCCUGGUUUGUGAAGGAGGGUCUGCACACCUCAGCUGUGAUGUGGGAUACAUACAUGUCGUUUCUGCUAACUAUGGGCGGACUGAUCACAAAACGUGCUCUGUUGGAAGACCAUUUAAGCAGCUCUCAAAUAAUCACUGCUUUGAAGAAACAUCUCGCCGUACGAUGACUGUUAGGUGUAAUGGAAAAAAAAGAUGUUCCGUUUUUGCAGUUAACUCUGUUUUCUCUGAUCCUUGUCCUUGGACUUAUAAAUACUUGCAAGUGUCUUAUGAGUGUCACCCACAGAGACACAGCAUAGCUUGUGAAGGUACCAGAAGUGUCAUUGGCUGUGAGAAGGGUGUUAUUUCUGUUCAUCAUGCCAAUUAUGGACGACGGGAUCUUGGAAUCUGCCCUAAUAGAUUUGUAACUAGAUCAGACUGUUACUUUAGUCAGACUUCCAGUCUGCGUUCCAGGUGCGACGGAAAGACCUCUUGUCAUGUCGAUGCGUCAAAUUCGGUGUUCUCUGACCCAUGUCACCAUGUCUAUAAGUACCUGGAAGUGACAUACUCCUGCAUAUUGCUGGUCUUCCUGUGUCAGUAUGCUUUGGGAUUGAUAAAGGUGAUUAAAGCCAACUACGGGCGGACUGAUCGCACAACAUGCGCAAGUGGGAAACCAGCUCAUCAGACCUCAAACAUACGCUGCGUUCGAGGAUCAUACCUCCGUACAAUGUCCACUCGGUGUGAUGGAAGAAAGAGCUGUUCUGUUCCAGCAGUGAACUCAGUUUUCUCUGAUCCUUGUGUUGGCACUUUUAAAUACCUGGAGGUGCAUUACGUCUGUGUCAGAAAAGAUGCAUUGCGAAUAAACCAAAUAAGUGCAUCAGAUUCUGUACUCCCUGAUCCCGUCACGGCGUCUAUAUAGUACCUGGAAAUGAUGUAACUGUGUAGAAUUUAGUGACUACUAUGUCAUGCAAAUGUAGUAUUUGUGUGUGUGUGUGUGUAAAAAAGGAAACAGAUAAUAACAUUAUAGAUAAUAAAAUGUAUUUUUUAAAUCUCUUUUAGACCCUCUGUAAGAUAUAUCUGUUAGACACACUUAUAUUUGCAUGAAUGUGUAAAACUAUAAGCUGUUGAACAUUAAAGUGCAUAAAAAAUAAAACACCAUCCACUCUG